UGUUGUUUACAGGACAAAAUGGAAAAAGAUGCUUCUGGCAUAUCUACAGAUGGAUGAAUGGACAGGCUAAUAUCAAAAAUAAAUCUAUGAUAAAUAGGAAAUAAUGGACAUACUCUGAAGUGCGAAAUGUUCUUUCGUGCCUCCUUGUGGAGUACGUCAGCAUUGGAGGAGGCACCAGAGGGCCGGGUCAGAGGGAAUAGUUGGCAAAUAGGAAAGAGGAGCGCACUAUAAGUAGAGGUUGGACGCCGAGGAGCAUCAAAACAUUCUAACCACAGCCGAGAGAGAAGAGGGAGACAGAGGCGAGGUGAGAGUCACAGAGAGAAUGAGAGAGACGUGGAGAACGACAACGCGUUCAGAAUGAAGACUUAAGUCACCGUGAUUGUAUUCCUACAUGGACACAAGGUUGCCUUGUAACAACCUGAAACGGUACGUGUAACAAUCCGGCGUCAGCACGCGGCAAGGGAAAGGUAAAAGUGCGGUCCGACGUCGCACUCCUUUUGCGCCCGGCGCGCCUCGGUGUCACCGCGCAGAGAAAUCCUGGACCAGCGCAAAGUGUCAGCUUCAGCACCUGAGGAGAGGACAGCUCCGCUCUGUGUGCCCCUCCGGACUUCCUAUCCAACAAACUCUCUCCCAGCUUUCCGUGUUAACACUUAAAGGCUGACAGUCCGCUUCACAAGUCUGGAAAAAGUCUAAAGAUCCACUGACGGAGAGAUCCGCGACUGACUGUGUGCUCAAUAUGUACCAGGGGCAUUUACAGCUGGUGAGUGAGCAACAAGAGAGCCGACCGCUUCUAAGCCCUUCCAUCGACGAUUUCCUCUGCGAGACAAAGUGUGAUGGGCUUUCCCGCCCAGUGACUUCCAACACAGCUGUUCUAUCUUCAACACUGGACCUCUUGGAUCUCAGUGAACCUGGCGAUAGGAGGAACGGCAAGGACAGGAAGAGUCCUUUGUCGUCCCUGGGAAAUAGCCAGAAGAACAACCCUCACAGGAAGAAGACGGAUGAGACGGAGCUGAUCCAGGUGGAAGUUGAACAGACGGGAACAAGUAUGAGAACCCCAGAGAGGGCAUCGCUAGACUCAGUCACCAUUGGUUCACCGCUGGAUAAAUGGGAAGAGCUGAACCCCAACCCUGAGAGGAAUGGCAACAGAAAAUGGAAGUUGGAGAGACGGCGUUCUUCAAAAAAUUCAUCCAAUGAGUUUUUGUGGUCCAUAGACUGUAAAACUCAAAUAGAGCCAUCGAAUAAAAACUCCAUGGAAGUAAAUACCAAAGUCGAGCCUGAGUCUGCCCUAGCAUCUCAACUCAACAGGCAGUAUAUUAGUGGAAGACAUGCUCAUCUGAGCAAGGAGCAGCGGUGGGGCAGCGCCCUCCUGUCCAGACAUCAGUCCCUGGAGGAGGAGUUUGAGCGAGCCAAGGCUGCUGUUGAGUCAGAUACCGAGUUCUGGGAUAAGAUGCAGGCAGAGUGGGAAGAGCUUGCCCGUCGCAACUGGCUGACAGAAAACGAGCAGGCCCAGAUUCCCUCAACUGUCUCUCCACAUGAGAAGGGUUACUACUUCCACACAGAUAAUCCUUAUAAGGACUUGCCUAACGCAUUUGAAGAGGGACUAAAGAAGUCUCGAGAGGGAGACCUGCCAAACGCUGUGCUUUUGCUGGAAGCAGCUGUCCUGCAAGACCCUCAUGAUUCAGAGGCUUGGCAAGUGUUAGGGACCACGCAGGCUGAAAAUGAGAACGAGCAGGCUGCUAUUGUCUCCCUCCAGAGAUGUUUGGAGCUCCACCCAAACAACCUCGCGGCCCUCAUGGCUCUGGCAGUGAGCCUGACCAACACUGGUAUGCGACAUGAUGCCUGUGAAGCCCUGCUCCGCUGGCUGCGACACAAUCCAAAGUACAAGCACCUGCUGAAGGGCAAAACCCACCUGAUGGGAUCCCCAAACUCCCAGCGCAGGAUGUCUCAUGCUCCCAACAUGGGCCGACAUGAAAGCUCCCUGCAACCCGAGGUCAAGGAGCUCUUCUUGGAAGCAGUUCAGCAAAACUCUGACAGUAUUGACCCGGAUUUGCAAACGGGCCUCGGGGUGCUUUACAACCUCAGCGGAGAGUUCAACAAAGCUGUGGAGGCUUUCAAUACGGCCCUGUCAGUGCGGCCCGAGGACUACUUGCUGUGGAAUCGCCUGGGGGCCACGUUGGCUAACGGGGACCGGAGUGAGGAGGCUGUGGAGGCUUACACGCGAGCUUUAGAGUUGCAGCCAGGGUUUAUUAGGUCCCGUUACAACCUGGGCAUCAGCUGUAUUAACCUGGGGGCACACAGAGAGGCAGCCAGUAACUUUCUGACAGCCUUAAGCCUUCAGCGGAAAAGCCGAAGUCGUCAGCAGUCCCACCAGGUGAUGUCUGGAAACAUCUGGGCUGCUCUGAGGAUAGCUUUGUCCAUGAUGGACCAGCCCGAACUCUUCCAGGCUGCAAAUAUCGGCGAUCUGGACCUUCUCAUGCGGGCCUUCAACCUAGACAUUUGAGGAAUAGGAGUUUUAGUGACAAUAGCAUCUUCUCCUUCGAUUUAUACGCAACAGCCAAAAGCCCAAAGUGCACACAUCAGAAUGGAUUGGAUCUGAUGUUAGAGACAAUUGUGUGGUUUUAUGCACGUCAAAAUAAACUGCAGUCAUCAAAACUGUCGCAUUUUUCGCCGCGUACCUUGGAGCAGUUCUGAGGACAGGUUCUUCCAAGUGCUUGAAGUGACUGCUUUGUGAUGGAUUUGCACUGCAAUUUGUGUUUUCCCUGAAGAGCACAAGGACGGGGCAAAGAUUGUACGAGUAAUGCCUUAGAGAAUACAUCAAUUAAAAACUGACUCAUCCAGUGGAACAGAGCUAAGCCAGGAGAGGCAGGCAGACAGACAGUUUGAGAAUCUCGCAGAGGAACUUUCACAUGGUGUUUUGCAGAGAAAAGACGAGGUCUUGAGGAAAAAAAGGGGGGUUUCAUCAUCCAAUUACUUUCAAAGACUCAAGACUGCCUCACCCUUCUGAAGGAUGGGUUUAGUGAAAAUGAUAAAGACUGUACCAUAUGACCUGGAACUCCAAAUUGUGUUCCUGGCUUGUUUUCAUCCUCUGUCAAUGGAGAAUAAUACUUACUGCAUGACUAAGCAUUUUCAUAAAUGGAUUCUCAUUUAAAACUGACUUACUUUUAGAAGUUUUCCCUUUGCACUUCAGAAAAACAAAUAACUUCCUCAACCCAAGUGGAAUGUGCAAGCCAGGUUGUAAAGCCUUACUCAAACGCAUGCGAACAACAUUUAUUUAUACUAUUUUUAUGGCAACACAAAAACACUAAGCCAUUUUCAGACUGGUUUUGAUUUCUUUAAAUAACUGCCAUCUUCUGAACUUGAAAGCUUUCUGAGCCAUUCAUUUUUAUUUUGUUGGGUUUAUCCUUUUUGGUCUUGGCUCCUAGCGUUUCUUUGUUCCCUUUAUGCUGACUGGUUUGAGAGAUACACACAAAAGCUGGGCAACACUGAUUUUUGAAACCAUCAUUAGUGUGGAAUCUUUCAAACUUUCUCAUAAGAAAAACAGCCUUUUUCAGAUCUACAAAUGACUCUUACGUCUUAAGCUCCUGGGAUGGUUUCAGUAGCCCCCACAUUCAAUGUACCCACCAUACUCUAAUUUUCCUGACUGUAUUCAUUUCAGUACAGUCUAAUAACAUUACAGAAGAAAUAUGUGUAGCUGCAAGCCAUCACCUAAGCGAGCUUGGGGUAUUUCCUAAUGCAGUCAUUUGUAUCUUUUCUGAACCUCCACAGGCAGCGAAGCUCAUGCAUUUAAUUUGUUUGUCUCAGCCAUCAUUUAAAUAUUUAGGUAAGCUUGGGCAGAACGCUGCACCUAUUUGAAAAGCUGUUUGUUGUACCAUUUGCAUAUUUUGAAUCCCGUCACCAUAAUACAACACAUGAGGUCAUCCACUAAACACAUGACUAUAAGGAGCGAGCUAUUCCAGAUAAUUCACCUCAGAAGCAAAGCAUAACAUGCUUUUUGACGAAGAGUUUUGUUUGUAUCACUGUUGCUAGUUUGAAAGUCACUUUGUGACAUGAACACUACGCUCCUCGCCAUGCAGCGCAGUAAAUGAUAGAUAAUCUGCUGUACUGUAUGGCUCAGCACCUUGGUGUUUAACAGGAGUGUCCGUUGUUUGGCCGUGCUGUAGAAAGCAGGUUUUUAUUCUCAGAUCCUAUGCAAAAGGUCGUGUUUUAUGUUGCUAUUCUCAAUUGUCAGUUUGUCCCUUUCUGCCUCAGUUUACCAAAAUGAAGUGAUGAUUCUGUGCUUUGAGAGAAUGCUAUCAGGGGAAAGCAGAGGCCAGUCGGAGAACCAUUCAUCUUCCAAACUGUACAGCUUUGAUGUCAUGGUCUGUAUGAGAAGAAGUAUUCCAUUAAGAAACCGGGGGAGAACAAAAACAAGUGUUCUUGUCCAAGACAGGAACAUACAGACACACACACACGAACACCAUCCACCUAUUGUGUAGCCUUCAGGAUUUAUAACCCUUUGUCUUUGACCUCAGUUGCACGCCCCGAAUUCACUGCCGUACGUUAAGCUUUGCUAUCUGAUACAUAUUUUACUUCACCGGUCUGUUGCAUAUGUCAGAUGAACUUGAAAAGAAAUCUCUCAUGUUUAAGUGCACAGCUAGAAAACUGUAACUGUUGUCGAACCAGUUACAUCAAUAUGUUCUCCACUAAUACUUUGAACAUAACUGGUACAUUGAUAUUUCAGGCUGAAGCAGAUGACCAGCUACUCCAGUCAGAUGCUUAAAAAUUGUUGGCAUAGAGUCUCUGUGGCCAACUGUGAUGUUUAAUAGAUCAAGGAGCUGGAGGAACCCAGAGAGACACAGCACAUAUAUGCAUGUAACAAUCUGCAGCAGAGUGGGGGUAGACAGUGGACUGCACAAUGGCAAAGGCAAUGAGGCCAAAGCAGAGGUGGACGACCAAAUGUAUUCACUGUCCUAGAGAUUUUAUUGUGCUUUUAAAAAACAAAAC